GACUACUUUCGAGUCACUUCGGUAGAAACUUGGAGCCACUGUAAUUGUGAUUUGUAUUAAGUUUAUAUUAGAAUUCCUUACUCUUUCAUCACUACUGUCUAUAUUGAGAAUCGCAGGAACCCAAAAUGUCAGCAAUUCUAGAGGCCCCUUUUGAUCCCAAACUCUCAGGUGCUUUGCUUACGGCAUUUCUGUACUAUCCAGAUAAGUUGAGAUCUAUUGUACCAACCAAGAUUCAACCAUACAUUGGUUCUCCCGCCUUGAUUCGAGCAUUGAAGGUCCUACUCGUUUUGGGUAUUGUACGCGGUGUCAAUAAUAAGCUAUCUCGGCUCGUGUUGAAUAAUUGGAAAAGAAAUGCGAAGUUUAUCAAGAGCCAGGAGGUUGUCUUGAUUACGGGUGGCUCGAGUGGGAUUGGAGAAUCAAUGGCAAGAGAGUUCUCAUCUAAAGGGGUUAAGGUUGUGGUUAUGGAUGUGAGCCCUCCAAAGACUCCAUUCCCCUCGAAUGUUUCCUAUUAUCGAGUUGAUAUAACAUCACCAUCGCAAAUUGCCUCUGCAGCUGCCGAAAUAAGGAAAAGCCAUGGAGAUCCUACCGUGCUCAUUAACAACGCCGGAAUUGGUACUCUCCUGCCCAUCUUAGAAGGCAGUGAAGAACAAACCCGAAAAACGUUCGAGGUUAAUACGGUAUCCCAUUUCUUUUUGGCCAGAGAAUUCCUUCCAGCGAUGAUCAAGAAGAACCAUGGUCACGUGGUGACAAUUGCCUCUUUAGCAAGCUACCUGGUGCACGCUGUCAAUGUAGAUUAUUCCUGUUCGAAAGCCAGUGCUCUCGCCUUUCAUGAAGGACUUGCAUCAGAAUUGAAGUCUCUAUACAACGCACCUAAUAUCCGAACCACUGUUGUCAAUCCAGGAUGGGUUCGCACGCCAUUGGCUGAGGAUGUUAUAUCGCAAGCCGGCUUCAAAGAUACAUAUCUCCAACCCGAAACCGUUUCAAAUGCUGUUGUUGAUCAAGUGUUGGCGGGUAGAAGUGGCCAUAUUAUCUUACCUAAGAAUAUGAGCAUCAUGGGCACAAUUAGGGGAUGGCCAUGGUGGCUCCAAACCUCGCUGCGAAACAAGGUAGCUCUAGACUUAAGCUUUGGAAGCCAAACGCAGCCUCAUCCAGCAGUACAAACCGGAAACGUGGCUCCGGCGGCAUCCACGUAAAUGUCCGCCUUGUUAUCAACUUCCAGGAGUAUUUUGUUUGUGUAAGGGAAGAUUGACUUGGCGGGAUGUUUUAGAUGUUGUUCUAUGUUACUCAGCGUUAUCAUCGUGGUUAUCGUGACGACGUUAACCAUGUUCGGGAUCUAUAAGACUUGUUUAUUGGCACAAGACGCUGUCGGCGAAUUCUGUACUCCGUAGAUUGUAAACACAUAUAUCAUACUCCACUCCACCUCGUUGUUGUGUGUGGUAAGCCAGUAUGCAUUUUAUGCCCGGAAGAGCUCGAGGAGCCAAUACCGGUUUAACCGUUAAAUGACA